AAAGAAACUAGAAAAAUGAAAAGCAGCAAGCGAAGAUGUGGUAUUCGAGCUAAUAGUCAGUACAAAAAAUAGCAUCACAGAUUAAACCAGAUGUAACAUCAUUGCUAUUGAUGGGCAAUGUAGCCUCGUUCAUAUUCACAAAUAAACGCAACGGCGAAUAUGGUAUAAUGGAUUCUUAUAAGAAAGUGCUUAACAUUGACAAAAUAGAUUGUCAGUAUAAGGAUGGAGAAAAUGAUAAGAACUUUAAGUUUAAAGCUGGUAUUUUCCUUGCUUCUGUUGCGGGAAUAUCAGCAUUAGUAGGUUUUGGGACCACGAUAGGCUCAGUAAGAAAGAAGGAUCCCGCCUUCUUCAACAAAGGAAUAACAGGUACCCGAGAAAUGACUGAGACAGGGGCUUCACUUGCAGUAAGAGCCCUGGGCUGGGGUACUCUGUAUGCUGUUGUAGGAUGCACUGUUUUCUUCUACUCAAUCUGGAAACUAGCAGGAGUAAAUGAUAUGAAAGAAUUCCGAAUGAAAGUUGGUUCAGCAAUGCCUAGGAUACCUAGGAAUGACCCGCCUCAAGGACGAACUGAGUUUGCAGGGCUUACUGAUCUUCUAACUUACAUUUCCACAGAUGAGGAAAAUUCCUCACUCUUCUGAUAUGCAACAAUGGGAAGUUCCAAGCUUCUCCAGAACCCUGUGGUACUUUAUUGACAACAUAAUUGUUGUCAAUAUCUUUUGUUAAAUAAGAUGGAAAACAUAUUAUAGUAAUGCAGCAGAAAUACUUUAUCUACUAGCUGCACAACUAAACACAUUCAUCCAUACUUUUGGAUCAAGGCCAAGUGUUCUCACCACUGGUCUGUUAAGAUGAAUGGAUGAACAUCUAUUUGGAUUCUUGUAUUAUAGUAUAUCUCACCAGUAACUUGACAGAAAAUACUACUUUCUUGCAUAAUUUGCAAAUAUUCAUUACACUUGCAUACUCCUUAAAACUUCAUAUUUUAUGUAAAAUCAACCACAUGUUUCUGCCACACUGUGACACACAAAAACUGUACAAAUAAAAAGUGUGAAAAUUGAUAUGGUAAAAACAGUAUAUAAUUAUUUUCAUUAAAAUUGUAGGUUGUUUUUCGAGUAAGGUAUCGAGUUGAAUACAAGAAGUCAAAGUUUCAUGUCACUGAUGUUAAAGUACAUUAUUUCAUUUAAAUUCAGUGCUGUCAUAAUAAAAACAAUAUUUAGCAUGCUGACCAUGAUGAUGUCUCAUCUGUUUCAACUAAAAGGAAAGCUAAUUUACAAAGUUAACAAUAAUCCAAUUGCACAAAAUCUAGAAAACAGGUGUUGUCCUAGAUUUCAUGUGAAUGAAUUAUCACCCAAUUCACACUAAUUUCUCAGACUUAAAGACAAAGAGCUACAUUUACAUUUAAUAUAAGUAUUUAAUACCAGUGUAUUUAAACCCAAUUGAAAAGUAAAACUUCCUCAUAUUUCAGGCAUGUGCAUAAUUGUUACUGUUAUGGCCUGUAAGGAGAAAAAGAGAUACAAAAUUAAACAUCUAUAAGCAAUCACUGAUAAAUUUCUUAGGUUAUGUUUCAUCUGCAUAGGUUAUGUCAAAUGAGAUGGGAAGAUCAUGAAUAAUGUGUAUUGUACAAUCACCAGUUCCAGUUACAGAACCACACAAGAAAUGAGAUUCUGGAAUCAUGUUUGGAAAAUGGUAUAUAAAGAGCUUGGGCUAUCUAAUUGUUACCUACAUAUAUGUACUACAAUUUCAGUCAGUAAACAAAUAUAUACAUUUGUGGUUUACUUAA